AUGAUCCGAAAGCACAGCACAGUAUUGCUUUGCAGGUCGGCUGUACCAAUAAAGUCAAUCAGUAGGGCUUCUCAUCGCAAUCUAGAUUCCAUUCGAUCCUUGUCUACAACUACUUUGGAGGAACCACCUUUCUAUGGAUCUCCUCGACCACCGAAGACCAAUGAGAAUUUUCGUUUUCCACAUCAAAAGAUUGCCCUCGCCAUCCACCAUGCUACUACUGCCUUUGCGGAUCCGACCAGAGCCGAUGCAGUUGCUGGAUUAGGAGAAAUCACGGGACAAGUGUCAUUGGAACGAAUACAGGCACAAAUGAUGGCAGAUGAAACCGGGAGGCGAAUUUUAGAAGAUCGCCCGGUCGUCCGAAAAGCAACAAUUCCGUACCAAGAGCUCAUUGACAGUGUCCCAGAAGACCCAGACGUACCAUUAACAUUUGGUCAAGCCUAUGGAAAGUUUCUCAAAUCGCAUGGGUUCGAUCCGGAUGGAAGAGAUCCAGUGAAAUACAUUGAAGAUGAAACCUUGGCCUAUAUUAUGCUUCGAUAUCGACAGAAUCACGACUUUUGGCACGCCAUUACGGGGCUCCCUCCAACUGUCUUGGGUGAGUUGGGACUAAAAUACCUAGAGCUCUUUCAGACUGGUCUUCCCAUUGCGGCUCUAUCGUCCACCGUUGGUGCUUUGCGACUGGAUUCCAAGGAACGCAGGAUUCUCAUGACUCAAUAUCUUCCUUGGGCAUUGGAGGCGAGCCAAUCUUCCACUCCACUUAUGAAUGUGUAUUACGAAGAGGAGUUUGAAACACCCUUGGCAGACCUACGAGGUCGAUUGAACCUCAAGCCUGCACCACAAGUUGAUUUGUAA